UCUUUCAAGAUGGCAGACCAACGUGACUGAAGUUGUCAUCAAAAACGUUUUUAAUUUAACAAUGAAAAGCGGAGAAUCAAAAAGACUCUGUCAGAUAUGUAAAGAAAGUCCAUUCAAAUACAGAUGUCCUUCGUGUUACUUUCUAUACUGCUCUUUACCUUGCUUCAAGUCUCAUAAAGCAGAAAAUAUUUGUGAAUUAGAAACAGGAAAAAGAAAGAAGGAAUCUGAAAAUGUUGAUACAGGUCAACAAGAAGGACAAAUUAGUAAUGAUGAGAAUUCUGAAGAUGAAGACAGGUUAUCUCUAAGUGAUCUGAAGAAGCUUGAAAAAUGUGGAGUAAUUGAAAGCAUGCUCAAAAAUAAGGACAUUAGAAAAAUGAUAACUAAUAUUGAUGGAGCACAGGACCCAGAGAUGGUACUCAGGACCUCUAUGAAAGAACCAAUAUUUAUGGAGUUUGCAGAUCAGUGUCUUUCUGUAGUUGAAUCAAAGAAUGAGAAUGAUGGAUAAUGUAAAUAUUGUGCAAUUUGUAAUUAAUAUUUUGAUAAUAUAACUAAUGAAAAUGUAACAAUGUUUGUGUAUAGCAGAGGAUGAUUCUUCACAAUGUAUGAUAAAGAGAACAGAAGUAAGACAGGAUGUGUAUGCAUUUGUACAUGCAUGUAAAGUGAUUAGGUAUAGAUGCUGGAAGAUAAAUGAAGAUAAAGAUGACUCAGAACUAAGAAUUCAUGUUAAUUCUUUACUAUGUAUGCUGAAAAGAAUAUUGCUGGGUUUCACUUGAUGUCAUUUCCUGUCUUGUGCAGAAUGUUCAUUAGCCUUCAAUAUAAUUCUUUCUGCUGGGUGAUAGCAAAUGGUGGUCAGUGUUUGACCACCAUUCGAAGCAGAUAAUGAAAUGCUGGACAAGAUUAAGCAAAAUUAUCAUUUUUAUUACAAAAUAACUGUAUUUACAAGUUCUGAAUUAAAACUUAGACAAGAAA